AUGUUGAGCCAAACAGAAGUGCUGUGGAGCAUUGGAUAUCCCUUAUAUGCUUAUGGCUCCAUCUUUGUCAUUAUUCUAAUUGUCUGGCACGUGACAAGGAGUUACCAUGGAGUGAGGCAUGAACCUAAAAAGAGAUGCUGCCGGCAUCACCGAAAGGUCAGGCAAAGGGCUAGAGCAUCAAGAGCUAGGAGAUUUGCCCAAGGAGAAGCUGAGAAGCCCCAGAAACUGCUGUCUGUCAUGAAAAGCCAGGGCUGGCUUCCUCAAGAGAAAAGCGUGCGGAAGCUCCUGUGUGCAGAUCCCCACUGCAAAAUCUGCAAUACUGCAGCUCUGGAGAUUCAGGAGUUGCUGAAGGCUGACACCAACCAAUUCUCCACCACUUUACUGGGGCCAUCUGAUAUAAAGAUGUUGCCCAGGUCAAACAUGUCUUUUGAGCAGAAUCUGGAGCUUCAUUCCCAGAACUCUGGAGAUAUUUCACUGGCAACUGUAACCCCAAGACAAACAGAACUAACAGAACAUUUAGCUCAGCCAACCAAUGUAGUCAGCAUCCAAGAAUACUGGGCUGAUCAUCUCCAACUAGUGCAGGACAUUCAGUUGCCAGAGACGUCCCUGGACUCAGAGAUGGUGGCUUCUUCAAGAUUUGAGGGAACUAUGAUUACAGUGAAUGAGCAGGAGAUACAGAUCACUGCUAACUGUGCCCAGGGGAACAAACAACACUAUCGUCUAAAGGCCCAAGACUCUUUUCUGCCAUUGAACUCAAAGAUCACUAAACAGACACAUCCUACAGCCUUGCACAUAGGUUUAUUCCUCCCUACCCACCUGGCAUUCCUGUGUCCUGAAGUACUGAGGCUUCUCGAAGUACAUGUAAAAAAAUGGAUCCACUUCCAGAAGUGGGGACUCCCCAGACGUGUGGAAAAUUCUCUAAGGGAGCUUAUGCCAGAUCCAACUUUGUUUUGCCUAUCUAGAAAAAACCUACAGACUUGCUCCUUCCCAAGUAGUACUUCUAAAGUCACUGCUCACAUAAUUGGUACCAUACCCUACCAGUCCUGGCAUUCAUGUUUGGCUUAUCAGCACACACAAUCCCUCUGGGUUUCUGAGUGGUCUGUUACAAGCCUAGGGAAAAGAGUCCAACAAAACCAGAAUUGUAAGGUACACCCCCUGCCCUGUAGAGCAGUGGCAGUAAUAAGUGGCCACCGUCCACUGCCUAAAAGACAGACUAAUGACUCAAGGAGCAGCGUGUGGCAAAGAUACCACCAGCUAUUCUGUGGCCUACCUUCUCUACACAGUGAGUCCCUGGUUGCCAUUUUCUUAGGCCCUCAACGACUCUCCAAAAAUAUGUCCAAGCUGUCUUUGAAGGAUCUUCAUCUCUUCAAAGACCUCUCCUACCUCCCCUUGCUGAGUCAGCCUGGCCUUGUGUUAGCUCAAGUCACCCCCUCCCCACCUUGUCCAAAUGGGGAGUAUCCAACCCAGCAUCAGGAGGCUCUGAUCACCGUCCCAAUUCUGACUCUGGCUGAGUGUGAAGCCUUAGAAUGGCACCUGCUGCAGAGGCAGCUCCAGCUCCAGUGGGGCCUGCCAGCUGCCUUGCAUCCAUCUCAGCAUGCCCAGAGCCCCGUGCGGUGUGAACUGCAUAACAAAGUCCAGUCCUGUGAGAUUGUGAAAGCUUCCUGGUCAGGGAAGCCCUUCUCAAUCCUCACCAGAGAACUCCACUUCUUCCCAGAGCAUGCCCACAAGCUACUGGGAUUCCACCUCCAGAAACACUUGAUGCACCUUCGCUGGGGCCUGCCUGAGAAGAUACAGAAGUCCAUCCAGUUGGUUCAUUCCUCCACUGGCCAGCAGCCCCUGUCCUGGAGCAACAAAGCCCUACCCAACAUGAGCAUCUCCAAGCCUGGGGCCCCAGAGGCUAAAGGAGAUGGUUGUCUCUUCUCCCCCAUGAUUUCACAAGUGUCUGUCCCCAUGCCACAUUUUUUUGUCCAAGCUCAGGCAAUGUUGCAAAGCCACAUUGAUUCCAAAUGUGGGCAGAUUCACCAGGGCAAGGUCCCUGAUCUUGUAUACAGUUCCUGGGAAUGCAGAAUUCCUGGGGUGCUAGCAAUGGCUCCCUUCGCUGACAUGCUACAAGGGCAGCCUCUGGAGCUGCAGGCAGCAAGUGAACCUGAUCUAUAUCACAAAGUAACGCCCUGUAAACCAGUGGCCCUUGGCCAGCAGCAACAAGCCUUAUCAAAUACUACUACUAAACACCAUCAGCUGCUCCAAACCCUGCCUGAGGAAACCAUUGAGAAACUGGAGACAACUUUACGGCAUAAGUAUCUGGCCUUUCUGUCAGGCCUGCCUGUUGUUUACUAUGUGAGUCUCUCUAAAGUCAAAUGCCCAGCAACCACUAGCCAACCUAUCAUCACAGAUAUGGUGCCUAUGCCUAUUACAAUCCCACCAGAGCCUCUGGCUCAGAUGCAUUCCCUUGAAGCCUCAGGUAAGAGAUCUGGACCAUGCUUUCAAGAUGAUAAACCUUGGAAAGACACUGCAGAAAAGUCCCAGCUUGAACUUCAGAUGGAAGCAAACACUAAAACAUGGUCUCCAAAGGGAAAGAUAUAUUCUGCUGGCUCUUCAUUCAAAGUGCAUAUGCUUGCAAACUUAAAUUUCCACCUGAAGAAAAAGGUCCUAGAGAUACGAUUGGGAAUUCCUGAAGGUGCAAGGAAGUCCAGGAAACCAAAUGUAGCAGUUCCAGAGAACAAAUCAACACAGGAGUGUCCUCAGAGUAAGAAACACCACGGAAACACAGUGCUCCAGGAACUACCUACCCCUCUGUGCUCUCCUCCUGCCCCAGCUUCAGAGUGGCUCCACCCUAAAGAAAAGCAGGCCACUGAACUAGAUGCAAUGCAGCACAACCAAAAACACCCUGGUCUGAAAGCCGUGCCCCCUAGUUUUGUCCCCUGGGUCUCCAAGAUCCCCCAACCUUAUGAGGACAUGACUGAGUCUCAGGUGUUUUGUGUUCAGGUUCAGACCAAUGUGAGCCACCCCAGCCUGGAGAAACCCAGGGGCCCUGAGCCCCAAAGCCCUGGGAAAAGCAAGGCCUCAGCCCAUGUGUCCAUGCUGGCAAGAAAGAGAGAGGACCACCCAGAGAAGCUCGAGGCAGCAGGAGACUUUGGAGGAAGAGAUGCUGGGUUUGAGGACAGACACCAUGCCCAAGUUCAGAGGCCAGUGGGGAUACUCCUGAACAAGACACCCCAAGGCUCAUGGCGAUGGAAAUACGGUUUUCAUCCUGUGAAGCCCUGCCAACAAAAUUCCCAAGCUAAACUCCCAAAGCCACUGUCAGGAGUUCCUAGAAGAAGAGAAUCUGAGCCUGACUUGCUUCACAGACAAACCAAUCCAAAUGGCAUCCUCUCACCUGAAAGGACCCCCAACAACGCGCAGCCUGUGGCAGCCCACGCUCCCCAGGGCCAGCCUUUCCUGGACCAACCAACUCGGGAUCAGCUUUUGCAGAGCCCAGCUUGCAAAGGUCAGGUUUUGAAGGGGCUAAUGAGGCCAGCCCCUGCUCACAGGGAGACCAGACUUGCAGACACUGGCCUGAGAAGUAAGACACAAUCCUUUCUAUACUGUGUGAGCCCCGAGAUGAAAGGCAAAGGGCACCUGGAAUCUACAUUUUCUACAGCUGGCAAGAAAGCCAAACCCAGAAUGGAAAAUGUCCUACGCAGCCUGGCUCAUGCCCCAAGUCCCAUGAAGAGAACCAAGACAAAGAAGCCAAUGGAGCACCCCAAGGUCCAGCCUGAUCCUACUGAGAGCCCAGUGGGCACAGCCUCCUUAGCAGGUCCUCCUUCCCCAGGCAAUAAGCUUCGCCUGCGCUCCAGACAAGGCUCUGCCUCAGUGCUGGGCCAACCCCUCCACUGCCCUCCGCACUGCCCUCUAGUGCCUAAAUAA